CUUUCCUUACUAGAAAUGUCGUGUCUUUCCCUUUUGUUGAUGAUCGUUUGCAAUUUACUGCUCUUUGAAGUCAGGAUUGAUUGAAUUGAUUUUAGUUUGAUACUUUAAAUUUUGAAACCACUUUUGAAGCGAAAUAAAAUCUAUUAGUUGCUUGCUCUCUUGAAGACCGGAGAUUUAGUUUUAGAAAUUGCUUUGCCCCUGUUCCUCUUUUGGUUGUUUGAGUCGAGUUUUCGACUGUGUACUACUUCUACUUGUUUUAUUUGCACAGGCAAGUAGACGAAAAACCACAACUAGAACUUACGGCUGCCAGUUCUCGCUGCUUUUUUUCACCGACGACUCAGCCUCCUAAUUUUUUUGUGCGAAUCCAGGUGGUGCAGCGAAAACCGCGGAAUAUCGAGACCUGGAGGCACCGAAACGUGAGAAGCCGAAUAGCACAGAUACCAUUAAAAUUUAGAAAUUAUUCGACAAAAAUGAAAAUUUAUUCAAACGACGAAUAUCCAAUGAGAAAAACCCAUCCUAAGUUCUCCUGUGCAUGUCAGCUUUCUGCAGAAGUGAUACUGGUUCCGCAGAAAGGAACAUAAUUCCAGCAUUCAUACACAUACGCGGUCUUUAUGUUUUUGCAGACGCGAUAGAAGACUGGGAUGGGUUUUUUUUCUGCAUACCAGACGACGGACCCUGACCGAGAGGAGGAUGAUUGGAAUCCGCCCGAAGCAGGUCUCGGCGUCUCCCUGGCCAUCAAGUCAUGAUCACGUGGCGACUCCGAAGAAAAUGAAAAACGACAGAUGUAGUGUCCCAGUGGAAAGGCAGGGCGACACGCGCCACAGUAGUACCAAUAAACGAUGGGUAGCACAGUAAUAUGUGACUAUGCUUAUUCUCCCAUAUCGAGAUGCAUGAAGAGCGAGGAAAAAAUAAAAAAUCCUACUCUUGACGGAGCGAGCGGGGAGAGUGUUGAAGGUGAAGAGGGAACUGCGACGAGAUAACAACGACUAUGCGCCGUGGGAAUUUAGAGAAGUAAUAGUACACGACAACGUUGCGGUCAUUUGAUAUUUAGAAUAAAAGUCUAUCAUACAGAAGUAGGGCAAGUCGCCAGGGCCCGCAAAAAUCCGGAUCAAGAUGGUUUGCGCAGGGC